GACCUCAAGUGACCUCUUCUGAUUGCAUCACAGAAAACAUGGCCGCCGCCAUGGACGAAAGAAUGUCUGAAAACGUCGCGAAUCAGCUGGACACUCUUCAUUCUAACCUCAAGUUAGUCACAGAACAACUCAAAGAAGGAGAAUCAAGACGACAAACUCCCGAGGAUUUCAGCCUACCAACUUUUUGGGAACGACUGAGUGCAACCUUCAAGAUCAUGUCUCACGAGGCCACCAAAAUGUGCCUGAUGUUCUCCAAACCACCAGUUCCUUCAGAGGAGGAGAGUAAAUCACUAAUACAAGGAGUAGAAAAGUCAGUUCUGGCCAUGAUCUCAACUUUCUACUCCUUACCAAAAGAUCAGGGUAUGACAUUAAGAAAGUCUGUCUGCCUGUCUGUGACGUCUGUUGUUGAUGAACUUCAAGAUCUAGUCAACCACAUCAUCAAAAAUGUGGGCAAAGGAUCUUCCUCCCAGCUCUUUGCCACAGGAAGUGUAUGGGAAUGCUGUGAGGACUUUUCAAAACUUCCUAAAGAUAACAAGGAAGCAGUGCUACUGAUCAUCAGAAACACAACUAGUCUUGUUCAAGAUGCACUACAGGAAAUUGAGGAGGCCAGAGACAAUGAUGCAAAUGUACCAGCACUAGAUCAACUACAGCUUGAGGACUCAGAAGAGGCAGACAACAGUGAACAGUCCUGGACAGAGUCUGACAAAUCCCUGAUGGCCCCCUGUCUGGGGCUGGUUAAAGCUGCCAAGGCCUGUCUGAAGAAAGUAUCUGGUGCUCUGAAGUCUGGUGGGAAAUGUGACACAGUGGACAGAAUAGCACAGUUGGAUGACAUUGCAGAUGUAGUAAAUCAAACAAGUCCUCAUGUUGAUGAUACAGUCUUGUCGCUGUACCCUCUUAUGGACCACUCUGCAGUCAGAACAAAUGCCUUGGCACUAUCUGGUGUACUCAAGAACCUUUUGGAUAUGGCAAAGUCCUCACAUUUCACCACAGAGGCUGACUCCUCGUGGCUACAGUUCCUACAGAAUGCUGUGGAUCAUAACGUGGACAAAGUCAGAGACCUUACACAGGAUCACAACUCUUCAUGAUCUAAUAAAUCAAAGAAAAACAGAUAUUUUAUUGUAUACAUGUAUAUGCUAUCUUGUGGCUGGGUGGAGAUACAUGUACAACAAGACUUCACUCAGGACCCAACUAAAUAAUUCCCAGUAUCAAGUAUACUGGUAGCUUGAUCUACAGAACACUGGCAAUUCAUUUCAACAUAACUUUGUUUCCUCUAAAAAUGUGUGCAAGUCAGAGGAAUCUGCUUCAAGUGUUCUUUUCAACAGAGUGUAUAUAAAAGACAUUAAUGUACUGUUGUGUAAAUGGAGGACAGCUGAGUCAGUAGAAGAUAUUGGAGGGAAAUGACUGUUGAAGAGAGUGGAGCUAAGAUAGGGAUGGAUAUCAGUCUACAGAAACAAUAAAGCUUUAAUUGAAAAUCAUGAU